UCGUCCGGCACCAGCUUCUUGGGAGCUCCGCAGACUCAGGCCCAGCACAGGGCCGGUCUCUUUCAUUACUGUAUCUCCAGGGUCUAGAACAGCACACAAAAUUAUUCUAAAAGACACAGGGCAGGAGGACGACUUAGCCUGUGGCUGACCUGUGCCCACUCUGAGCUCCACCUGCAACUAAUCAGUUUUGUCAGUGGCCCACCUCAAUGCCCACUAACGGGGCGCAUGAGACAGAGGAACUUGGAGUUGAGGGACUCUUAAGAGAAGGCCUGGCCUGGCCCAGGUGACAAACAGGAAGUGCACAGGCAUCCAGGAGACACACCUGACGUUCAGCUUACUUUACUGAAAGAAUACAGUAUACAAUACACAGAACGUACAAAAUAUGUGUUCGACUGUUUAUAUGAUCGAUGUGGAAGACUGAGGCCUGUUGAAAGUACAGAGUGUAGCUCAGCACCCACUGCCUUCAAAAGCUCCAUGCAGGUGCCACAGGAUGGAGAGGACUUUGCCAGCCAACCCUGGUACCACGGCCCCCUGCCCCGCCAGACGGCAGAGGCUCUUCUUCAGCAAGAUGGUGACUUCUUGGUUCGUGCGUCUGGGUCUGGUGGGGGCCACCCUGUGAUCUCCUGCCGCUGGCAGGGCUCAGUCUUACACUUCCAGGUGCUUCGUGUGGCCCUGCGUCCCCGGCCAGGCCGGCCCAUAGCCCUCUUUCAGCUAGAGGAUGAGCGUUUCCCAAGCCUGCCUGCCCUGGUUCAUAGCUACGUGACCGGCCAGCGUCCACUGACCCAAGCCACAGGGGCUGUGGCCUCCAGGCCAGUGACGCAGCAAGGGCCUAUUCGACGCAGCUUUAGUGAGGACACUCUCCUAGACAGCCCAGUUCAGACAAAGCUGCUCAGGGCUAGAAAGUGGAGUGACAGUCAGCCGGCAGGUUUGGAGCAUGUGGGGCAGUCAAGAGAACGCAACUCUGGACCAGGAGCCUCCGCUGUGCCCACGUUUGCCCUGUCUCGGAUGGGUAGUGACCCUGUGUUGCUGAAGACCCUGGUUCCCCUGGCGUCCAUUGCUGACAGCCUCAGGGCCUCGGAUGGGCAGCUUCAUGCCAAAGCACCAACCAAGCCACCUCGAACACCCUCACUGGUGCUGCCUAAUGCCUCUGGACACCCCCCAACAUACUGUGAGCUGGUGCCCCGAGUGCCCAGUGCCCGGGGAACACCCUCUGGCCACAGUUGCCCAGAGCCAGAGGCCCUAUGGUGGGAGGCCCAGGAGGAGGAGGAGGAGAAGGACAGAUGUUUUGUGAGACCACAGGCAGAGGUCUCUUUCUGCCCCCCUGACAACCCCUCUGGCCUGCUGGGCCUCCAGAAUCGGCCCCUGGAACCCAAAGUCCUGCGUACUCUCCGUGGCCUGUUACUGGAGCACCAUCCUGGGAGCACCGCCCUCCACCUGCUAUUGGCAGACUGUCAGGCCGCCGGCUUACUGGGAGUGACCAAGGCUCAGCAGGAUGCCAUGGGGGUUGCCUCUGGCCUGGAGCUGCUCACACUUCCCCAUGGCCAUCGCUUGAGGUCAGAACUGCUGGAGAGGCACGAGGCGCUGGUGCUGUCGGGGGCGCUGGCAGUGCUGGGCUGCACCGGGCCGCUGGAGGAGCGCGCGGCCGCCCUGAGGGGCUUGGUGGAGCUGGCACUGGCGCUGCGGCCAGGGGCGGCGGGAGACCUGCCCGGACUGGCCGCAGUCAUGGGUGCCCUGCUCAUGCCCCAGGUAUCCCGGCUGGAACGCACAUGGCGCCAGCUCCGAAGGAGCCACACUGAGGCCGCGCUGGCUUUCGAGCAGGAGCUGAAGCCGCUGAUGCGAGCGCUGGAUGAGGGCGCCGGACCCUGCGACCCAGGCGAGGUGGCACUGCCUCACAUGGCACCGGCAGUGCGUCUGCUGGAGGGCGAAGAACUCCCGGGCCCCCUGGACGAGAGCUGCGAGCAGCUGCUGCGCACCUUGCAGGGGGCGCGUCUGAUGGCCCGGGAUGCGCCCAAAUUCCGUGAGGCGGCGGCAGGGCGCCUGCGAGGAUUUCGGCCAAACCGGGAACUGAGGGAGGCCCUGACCACUGGCUUUAUGCGGAGGCUGCUCUGGGGAAGCCGGGGCGAGGGAUCCUCGCGAGCCGCACGUGUCGAGAAGUUCCAGCGCGUCCUCAACGUCCUGUCUCAGCGCCUGGAGCCUGACAGCUAAAAGAGCAGACACUGGGACACCCAGGCUUCUGGGGACCCCAGCAGGAGACCAAGGAAGUCAUCCCGGAUUGCUCACACAAACAGGGCGGGGACCCGCACCCUGAUUCAUAGAAGGGAGGGGGGCCAGAUUUGCAAGAACCCACUCUGCCCCCUAAAAACAUACAGGGAUCUUGGGGUGAAGGGCAGCCUCCUCCCCCACACUAGAAGACCUAGGUGUCUGGAGGCCCUGGCUGCCCUCUCCCACCCUCCGCCCCUACACAUAUCCCAAAAAUGGUGAACAGGUAGCUUCUAAUAGUAGAGAACUUGUAGAUCUGUAAGAGGCCAGAGUUCAAAUGCCUUUUAAAACCUGACUUCUAAGGGCCGGCUGAGUGGCUCAGUUGGAAGGGUUUGAGCUCUGAGCAACAGCGGUUCGCAUCCAGCCCGAGCUGAG